CCUUAUCAUUGUAUUCAGUCGCAUGCACAUGUAAGUAUUGAAGAAUUGUUCAAGUUUUAAACUUAUGCAGAUAGUAUAAGUACUUUCUGGUUUCUAACAUCCGACAAUUUCACAAUGUUAGCAAAUAUUUUACUUCCCGGUACGUGUGUGGGUUGAAAUAUAACAGUGUGUGCUUGUCUUCCUAUUCGAAUGCCUUUAUUUUGUGUUCUACAUAACUUUAUAGCGAAUUAGUCAUAUUCGAUUGAGCGAGAAAAAUGACAACACAGCGAAACUUUAUGUGUGGAAUUCUUAUCUUAGCAAUUGGCGUUUUGAAGGAGAAUAUUGUCUUUGUGAGGUCUGUUUGCCUUCAGGAUGCGUUAACAUUUUACAACAGUAAAAAAGACGCAUGUUCUUUUCGGAAGGAUGAUUUCAACAGGAUUUUCUUGAGUACAAGAUUUGAUAAUUCUAAAGAAUGUCAAAUCAAUUGUUCAAUCAACUCAUCAAAGCCACAAUAUUCCAAUUUGGGUGAUAAGAAAUAUGAAGUCAUAAAUAUGGAAAUUCGUUUUACGUCAACGUCAUAUAAGUUUCCUCUUAAAACAUUGUGCUCAAAUGGUACCAUUGAGAAUUUCGACAUUGAUUUAGAUUGUGAAGGCGAAUAUUUACAUGUUCGUGGAAUAGGAGAGCGCUGUGUCAAUGCCAGCCAGUGUUUGAGUGUUAAUGUUAAUUCUACUUGUAAUGAGACAAUCGGACUGUGUCAGUGUAAGACAGGGUACCAGUGUUUAUCAGGGACGAGUACCCGUUUACCAACUCCAGAACUUGGAGGACAGUGCAACGAUUCCAAACAAUGCAAAGAGGUUGACCAGUAUUCAGUGUGUAGCAGAGAUAACAUCUGUAAAUGUAACAAGGGAUAUACAGAAAUUAGUGAUUAUCGUUUAAAGGAAAGGAGCGACAACUCUGCAUUAGUAUUUGGAGUCGGGAUAGCUGGAUUCGUGCUGGGAGUUGCAGUCUGUGGGUUGUUUUACAUCAUCAUGAUUCGGUACAGAAACCGAUCCCAAGCCAACAGGUCAGACAAACGCAGAGAAGAUUGCACGGAAAAGGGAUCCGUCCUGGUAUCUCAGACCUCGACUCCACACCCGAAUUACAAUAAAACCUUAGGUGAUAACUUCGAAGGAAAUGAUGUUUACAAUCACUUACAUGAAGCCCCUAAUGAGGUCAGUGUACAACCGGACUAUGACCAUGUCCCACCACAAGUCGAGGAGAACGGCGAUUACAGUCACAUGACAACACGCAAUGCACAUAGCUCAGACAUUGCUGGAGAAUACGGAAUGAUCAGUUAGAUGAUUGCAGUUUUGUUUUAUAUUUUUUUGUUUAAAUUUUUUAUUCAUAAAUCAUUAAACGAAUGAUAAUUUUUUGAAGAGAACAUCAAUUGUAUUUUGUUUACAUGCACCAUGUAAAAGAUUGUUCAAGCUGAAAAGAAUGCACAGGUAGAAGAUCGCAAAUACAAGAUUCUUCAACUGUUUCUUAUGGUACAUGUAAUAUAUUGGAGCAAACGCAUGAGAGAGAGAGAGAGAGAGAGAGAGAGAGAGAUUAACGUUAAAUAUUCGGUUUCUCUAGCUACAUGUAAUAAGGUUUUUUUGAUAUUAUAAUGUUUCAUGGUAACUAUACUCGGUUAAGAUUGCACAGAAGCUUGAGAAUCAUCAGUUGUAUAUUGAGUGACGUUGCAUUAGACCAUGUUACACAAUACACAUGUAGUUAAGUCAGUCAAAGAGUUUUCAAAUUAAGUAUCAUUUAUUCCUAGAUAGUGCUGUAGCAUUUAUCGCACACGCUACUUUUUUAUGAAAAUAUAUGAUGUUUUAUUAAUGAACCAUAGCAUAGUCUUUUAUCCUUUUUAUUGAUUUUUGAAAGAAACUAUUUUUGAUUUGUAUUUUUCCUAUUAAAUAUUGCUUUUAAAAA